CUCUGACACUCUGAUGAACACCAGACUCCAUCGUUCCUGUUGCCAUGGAGAAUCGCGGCCUGCUGUCCUUCGCCGUGGCCUUUGUGGGUCUCCUGUGCCCGUGUCUGACGAGACUGACUCCCAGAGUCUCCUUCCCUACAGGGAGUCCCGGGAGACAUCUCACCCGCUUCAGUAGCCACGAUGUCAGCAACACCACCACUCUGCUUCUCAGCGAGGGUGGAGACAUGCUGUACGUCGGCGCCCGGGAUGCUGUGUUAGCCCUGGACGUUAGCCGCGAGGACGCCAUCAUCCUGAGGAACAAGCUGGACUGGAGCCCUUCAGACAGAGAUGUGGAACAAUGCUCCAUGAAAGGAAAGAAAAUGGCCGACUGUCCCAACUUCAUCCGUGUGCUGCAGUUCCUGAACUCCUCCCACAUCUACGCCUGUGGGACCUUCGCCUUCAGUCCUCGCUGCACCUACGUCAACUCGGAGACAUUAACGAUGAGCAUGAAGCCUGAUGAGGGCAGAGGUCGCUGCCCCUACGACCCCUACCAGCGCAACACUGCCAUCAUCGUGGACGGAGAGCUUUACACCGGGACGGUGGCGGACUACAGGGGGAACCGGCCCGUCAUCUCCCGCCACCUCAGUGAGGGACGGCGUGUGGACCUGAAGCUGGAUGACACGCUGGGAUGGCUGGAGGAUCCGACCUUCAUCAGCUCCAGUUUCGUCCCCGAUGAGGAGAAGAUCUACUUCUUCUUCAGCGAGGUCGGCCGAGAGUACGACUUCAUCGACAAGUUCGUCGUCUCUCGUGUUUCUCAGAUCUGCAUGAGUGACGUCGGGGGCCAGCGGACUCUGCAGCGACGCUGGACCACGUUUGCCAAAGCUCAGCUGCUGUGCCAGGCCGACAGUGAGCUGCCCUACAACGUGAUCCAGGACGUAGACACCCUCCCACCAGCAGAGGGAGCUCCUGCAGACGACACUCUGUUCUACGGCAUCUUCACCUCUCAGUGGUCGGUGAACUCCGGACGCUCGGCCGUGUGCUCGUUCCGCCUGAGUGACAUCAAAUCAGUUUUCUCUGGAAACUACAAAGUCCUGAACCGGGACACGUUACAGUGGAGCACACGGGUUCAGGAGAAGGUCGCAAAUCCAGGAGAGUGCGGUCUGCACAACGCCUCAGACAACGCCCUGCGCUUCGUCAAAGAGAACUUCCUGGCAGACGACAGCGUGCGGCCGGAGGGGAGGAGUCUGACCAUGGUGUCAGCUGAGCGCUACAGUCACCUGACGGUCCAGAGAGUCCAGGCUGCCAACAACAGAGACUACACCGUCCUGUUCCUGCUGACAGAGUCCGGUUACCUACACAAAGCGGUGCUGCUGCAGACCGGGGCCCACAUCGUCGAGGAGGUCCAGGUGUUUGAGCAGCCGCAGCCCGUCAAGAGCCUGAAGCUGUCCGUACCCAAGGGUGUGAUCUAUGUCGGCACAUCGGAGGCCGUGGUCAGGGUCCCCAUAGCGAACUGUUCCUUUUACUGGACCUGUGCUCAGUGUGUUCUGGCCCGAGACCCGUUCUGUGGUUGGGACGCUGCCGGCAGAGCCUGCGUGAAGACCCCCGACACUCAGAGCAGUCUAGCUCAGGACGUGGACAGAGGGAACGUGGAGGAGGCGUGCUACAGUGUGACGCUGACACACAGAGCCCGGUUUGGACCCAACAGUCUGCCUGCAGCCUCUUGUCCUGCAGGUGAGCUGGUGUCAGUGUCUCUGAAUGAAGUGGUGCGGCUGCAGUGUCCCGCGGCGUCCCGGCUGUCCCGGCAGCUGUGGGAGCGUCCCAACAGCCGGCUGUCCUCAGACCUGUACCUGCACCUGGGAGACGGGAGUCUGAGCUUCGUGGCCACCCCCGCCACCCUGGGCCACUACCUCUGCCUGUCCACUGAGAACGGCUACCAGCAGCCAAUGGCCAUCUACCACGUCAAACAGAAGAGCAGCCCCGUGGCUCAAACUCCGACCAGCAACACCCGGCCUCAGACACGCCCCGUCCCCACCACCCAGGCCGAGGCCAGGCCCGGCCCCGGACCGCACACCUCUGAGGGGCCGAAAAGAAAAGACACGAGACGAGGAGAGACCGAGCCCACGCUGUCCAGCAGGGACCCUCAGGUCAUCACCAGACAGCUGGACAGGAACUUCACCCUGUGGACGCUGGAGUCCAGACCGAAAGACACGGCCCCUCGGGACGGGGAGCCGCUGCAGUCGGCCCCGGGGCCCAGCUAUCUGAAGGAGCUGGUGGUGGUGUCGGUUCUGCUGGUGCUGUGCCUCAGUUUACUGAUCACCAUCCUUCUGUACGUGGUCAAACAGCGCUGCCGCCGCCAGACGGUCCCGCAGGCAGGAACGCCGACCAGAGACUCUGACAGAAGGACCCCUGUGGAGCAGGAGGCCCCCAGGGGGAACCAGUUUCUGAGUAAACGCAACGGACAAAGUCCACAAGGCGGACAGGCCAGCGGCUUCGGCCGCAACGGGGCCCUCACAGGCUCCAAUGGACAUUUACCCAACACCCCCAUCUGAACGGUCCCACACAUUCAACUGUGACAGAUGAGAGCGGAGGUGAGAGGGGGGGGCCCCCAGGUACCAGAGUCAUCAUGGAGACUGUCAGUCAGCCCAGAGGUUCUGAUGGACUCCUGUGAUCCUGACCGGCCACAUUUGGAUCUAAUAGGCUGAGAGACGGUGUUCUGUGGUUCUGAGGCCGGAACACGAGCUGAUCCGGUUCACCUGGUUCUGUCAGUGUUUUUAUAGAAUAGUCAGUGUUUUGAUGCCACAGCUCCUGUUGUUACGGGAUCAUUCUUCAAGAGUUGAUCCUGAGCAGAACUGUCGGGUUGUAGACGUGUCUCCUCGAGGUUCUGUGAGAAUAUAUUCUGCCAAACGCACGUUGGAGGGAAGUUGUCCCCGACAGGAAGCCGGGCGCGUCACAUUUGCCUUAUUUCACGUCUCCUGGGGGCCCAGACAUGGAUCUGGUCCACCACCAUGAAGGAAGUCUCAGUUCCCUCAUUUCCUGUCGAGGCGGCGAGGAGGCGGCCGGGCGAUGCAACAGUCCGCUCUUCACUGAAGUCUUCAUCCAAUCGUCGGCCUCCUCGUUGGUCAGUUAGUGACGCUGCGGCUGAUUGGAUCUGAUGCUGAGAAACUGAACAGAUUGAACCCGGGUUCAUCAUCAGCACCAGGUUUAGAUUUUCUUUGUGUUUCUGUCUUUGUCACGUGUCACUGAGCAGCCGAACGUCCCGAACUAAAGAACUUAUCAUGUUUCAGAUCCUCUGAUCAGAACCUGGAUCCUCACACCAACACUUAGGACAUAGACUGACUGACUGACUGACUGACUGACUGACUGUGUGACUGAUGACUGACUGACUGACUGUGUGACUGAUGACUGACUGUGUGACUGACUGACUGUGUGACUGACUGACUGACUGUGUGACUGACUGACUGACUGACUGUGUGACUGAUGACUGAGUGACUGUGUGACUGACUGACUGACUGACUGUGACUGAUGACUGACUGACUGACUAUGUGACUGAUGACUGACUGUGUGACUGAUGACUGACUGUGUGACUGAUGACUGACUGACUGUGCGACUGACUGACUACUGACUGACUGACUGACUGACUGACUGACUGACUGACUGACUGUGUGACUGACUGACUGUGUGACUGACUGACUGACUGACUGACUGACUGACUGUGUGACUGACUGACUGCGUGACUGACUGACUGACUGUGUGACUGACUGACAGUCAUCAAAGUUACAACAGUCAGUCAGUCAGUCAGUCAGUCAGUCAGUCAGUCAGUGACUGAUAAAGCUAGCUGCUCGUCUCACCUUCAGUCCGGUCUCGUCUAAGGUCACAGAGCUGCUCACUGUUAGAACGUAGAAGUUAGAACGUCACUGUUAGAACGUCACUGUUAGAACGUCUGUUACGUUACCUGAGAACAUGUGAGGACAGAUGUUUGACUGAUGCUCUGUGAGUAAAGAUGUUGUUAAUAUUUGUCGUCUUCUUCGAUGUGUAUUUUUAAACGACGUCACUCUGAUGAUGAAACUAACGGCUGAUUUUCCUCUUUGAAGCGAUAACAGAUCAGCCAUGAUUUAGUGAGACAGAAACCUGGUGUGUUCCUUUGAAGGUGUGUUAGGUCCAGGUGUCUGGAGCUGAUGUCACCAAGCCCCGCCUCCUGCCGGGCCAGGGUUGAAGACAGUGACUGUGGGAUUGAAGGCAGGUCUCUGUUGGACUGAGGGUUUCCUCUCAGCUCUGUGUCACAUGAUGUUUGACUCCUCUUUAAAAAAAAUCGUUUCAGCUGAAACAGCUGCAGCUCAUGUCGAGACACUUAAAGAGACAGUCCAGCAUUUGGGAAAUUAGCUUGUGGCUGGUUCAGGGGGGUCGAUGUGUCCAGAACUCUGUCUGUGUCCUACAACAAACAGACUUCAGACGGACUCUGAAUUCAUCCGUUGCAAAAAAUCAGUUUAGUUCUGGACUAUCUUAAACCAGACUGUGGCUAAAUGAAUUCUGGGUAAAUUAAGACCGAGGAACAGCCCUGUUUACGCUCAGCAGAACGUGUUUGUCUUUAGGAAGAAAUCUACAGUUACAAAGACGUUUUAUUGAAACAAUAAAAAGACAAAACUGA